CUAGUGGUGAUGUUUGCUAUGAAUUGAAAUCCACAAAGGCAACAUGGGACCUCGCGAGACAACAAUGUGCUUCAACAGGUGGCCACAUAGCAGUAGCCGAUACACAUGGAACAUACAGCAAUUUAAUUAAUUUCGCAAAAGAAAAUGGUCAAACAAGUGGGUCUUUCUGGCUUGGCGGGGAUUUCUUUGAUGGCUCUUUAAAAUGGAUUGAUGGCAGGGCCGUAGGUUGGGAAGACAGUUAUCGAACAAUUGGAGUUCAAGCAGGGGAGUGUCUGGCUGCAGUGAUGGCAGCAUUCUCAAUUUUACCUGAUGAAUUUGCUAAAACUGACUGUGAACAAACUAAGGCAUAUAUAUGCGAGAAUGACUGCUCAGCAGUUCAAACUACAAUACAGACUACAGAACCAUCUACAAUACUAACCACUGAACCAACUACAA